AUGUCCCUUUCCCUGUUGGUAUCCACUCGUCGUGUCGCUUCAGCACGUCUACCUCUCUCGGGAGUCAAAUCUCUAACUUACAGUUUCCCCUGGACAAGAUCAUAUGCUGCUGUCCAACAAUCAAGCACUGAUGGAUCAAAUAAUGCUUUGAAGAUCAGUAGGGAUAAACAGAAGCGUGUCACAGUGAAGCCGCUAACAUCUCGUAAGACGUACCUAGUCGACUCCUAUAAGAGCUUAAUGGAAUCAAACCCAUUGGUCGUCUUUGUCCAUUACAACAACCUACUGAAACGGGAGGACCAUUUAUUUAGAGAAAAGAUAAAGGAGACUGGUGGAACAAUGACCAAGUUGAGAAAUAGGUUAUUUCAAGUGUAUUUAAAGAAUUCCAAGCAAGAGGAUCCAUGUCGUCCGCUCUCGAGCAAAGAUAAAUAUAAAGAUCAUCCUCUUCUUCCCCUAUUCAAGGGUCCCACUGCGGCCAUUGCAUACAGUGAGACUACUCCGGCAAAUAUUGCUAAACUAUUUAAGCUGUUGGCUUCCGCACAGGAUAAAUUGUUCAUUCUUGGUGCUAAAGUAGAUAACGAAGCUUAUUCUCUACAACAGUUGAAUACGUUCAAGACUUUGCCCUCUAAGGAUCAAUUGCAUGCUCAAUUGGUGUCUAUGUUACAAGUACAAGGUGGUCUGGGCUUGACCCAAACUCUACAGCAAGCCUCGCAAUCCUUGUACUUGACUCUACAAUCACAUCAUGACAACAACAACAAACCAUCUCAAUAA